AUGGAAGGCUCCAAGAAAAUUGAGAAGAGUCUCCAACAGAUCGAGGACACUAAGUUAAGCCAGGAUGUCGAAGGCAUUGACAGCCAACUUCAACGGUUGGCCCACGAAGCACCCCCAUUUUACAAGAAGAAAAACCUGACCAGACUAUACUUGCUGAUGAUCCCUGGUUGUCUCGUACCAUCUGUCACUUUGGGGUUUGACUCGGCGAUGAUGAAUGGAUUGCAGGCUGUGGAGACGUGGAAUACUUAUUUCGGAAACCCCAACGGUAGCAUCCUCGGUGUGCUUACUGCAAUCCUAUCCUUAGGCGCAGUUUGUGCUACUCCGUUUAUCAGUAUGGUUGGAGACCGAUGGGGUCGUCGUAAAGGCAUUCUCUUUGGCUCCACCAUCAUGGCUAUUGGAGGUCUUAUCCAAGGGUUAUCCAUAAACAUUGCGAUGUUUCUUGUCUCUCGCUUUUUGCUCGGCUUCGGACUAGUAUUUGCCAAUACGUAUGCGCCCAUCCUGAUCGGAGAACUCUCCCAUCCAAGAGACCGCCAGGUCACAACCUCUUUGUAUCAGACGACUUGGUAUCUUGGUGCCACCAUGGCUGCCUGGAUAACGUUUGCAACAUUUGUCAUUCCGAACGACUGGGCCUGGCGUAUCCCAUCUCUUCUACAAAUGUCCCCAGCGAUUGUUACAAUAACUGGUGUUCUCUUUCUCCCCGAGUCUCCACGAUGGCUGAUCGCUAAUGGGAAAAAUGAUCUGGCCAAGGCCAUUUUGACUAAAUACCACGCAGAAGGAGAUGAAUACGAUGAGCUUGUACGACUGGAGUUCCAUGAAAUGAAGCAGGUCAUUGAGGCUGACAUUGCUGCAAACGAAAUGACAUGGCGCGCUUUGCUUACAAGUCGAGGGAACCGUCGACGAUUACUACUAAUUAUCAUGCUCGGGGUUUUUUCGCAGUGGUCAGGAAAUGGGUUGGUCUCGAAAAGAUACUAUCUCGCCCGUGUCCUUGAGACAGUUGGGAUAGCCAGUUAUAAGGAAAAAAACAUCAUCAAUGGGUGCCUGAUGAUCUGGAGUUGGAUUUGUUCUCUGUGCGCCGCCUUUUUGACCGCACACCUGCGCCGCCGCACCCAGUUUUUAAUCUCAACGUCGGGCAUGCUUGCUAUAUUUGCGAGUCAAACUCUGUGUGCGGGUCUUUUCAACGAUCACGGUAACGUAUCCGCUGGCUACGCGGUCAUCGCCAUGCUUUUUCUCUUCUACACGUUUUUCAACUUGGGCUUCAACGCUCUGCUCUAUUCAUAUCCGGUGGAGGUUCUCCCCUACCCUGUUCGUGCAAAGGGCUUUUCUGUUCUCAUGUUUUUCGGUAAGGCUGCCAACUUCGUCAACGCCUUUGUCAACCCCAUUGGCUUGCAGUCAAUCGGUUGGAAAUUUUACCUGGUUUACGUUGGAUGGCUGGUUAUUGAGAUCCUGGGAAUCUAUCUGUAUUUGGUGGAAACCAAGGGCCCGAGCCUCGAAGCUAUUGCUUCUCGCUUUGACGAUCUUUAG